UGCCUCCUUCUCCUCUUCCCAUCCUCCUCCAGCUUGUCAGCAGCAGCAGCAGCAGCAGCAGCGGAGUUGCUCUACUGCGGCUCUGCUUCAGUGAAAAGUUCGGGUCUGAUCAGAAACUUGCGGCAAACCCAGCAGGAGGACAAAGAUAAUAGAUGGGGAAGUGAUCACUGCGAGGAGAAUCACGAUCCGAGCUAUUUAAGCCUUCCUAAUGUGAACUAAAUGAAAACAGAGGCCCCCCGCCGCCACCUGGAAAACUCUGAGGGACUAAGUGGAUUGAAGAAGGCAGCCACCGAUCGAGGGAGUCGGGGCAGGGAGGGGAGACACACAGAGAGGAUUAGCUGCUAAUCCAGGCCAACGAACAAUCCUGGGGGGAGUUUUGCUGUUCUUCCAGGACGAUGCAGACAAAACAGUUCCUAGAUUUAAACGCUUUACGACGGCGCGUCCAAAUUCUUCUGUGACGGUUUUGAUUCGGCGCGGACUUGGAUCUUUGGUGCAGAGGAAGCGGUGGACUGAGAAGAGAAGCGACAGGAUGUCCUGACAGACUGCAUGGUGCUACACAUGGAUGCUUUUCAGCAUGUGAUUAUGGACCCCUGCCUUUUCACCUUGGUCUGACAGAGAGACACUGAAGGUCUUGCUGGACUUUGUGACCAGGCCUCACUUACAUGGAGCCAAAUAUUUUCUAAACUUGACUGACAUGAACUCAAACUCAAGACACAACCAGUCAUUUUAAAAGGGAUUUUACACAACUUUUUCUUCCACCAUGAGUCUGGGGAAGCUGCCAGGAAUCAAAGGCCUGGUGUCUGGCUCUCAGGGGAAGCGUCGCUUCAAGAGCGACCUCUCGGUGGACAUGAUCAGCCCCCCGCUCGGGGACUUCCGACACACCAUGCACGUGGGCCGCGGCGGCGACGUGUUCGGCGACACGUCCUUCCUCAGCAACUACGGCGGCAUCCGGGAGCCGGGGAGCCCGGACUCUGCGAGCAGCUCCAAGUCCACCGGCUUCUUUACGCGCACCUUCCGCCACGUGCGGAGGACCUCUGUGCCGCGGCCCCGGGGCGGCUCCCGGGACCUGUCGUCCCCGCCUCCGGACAUCUCACCCAUCAUUAAAAACGCCAUCUCUUUGCCUCAGCUGAACAUAGACUCUGUGAACGGAUGCCUGCAGAGGGCGCUGUUCCCCAACUCCAUGGGCUCGGCGGAUGACUCCUUCUGCACAUAUGGUCUCCAGUCUGGAUUCCUGACUCUGCCUCGAGUCUCUCGACUUGACAGACAGAUUCAAGAUGGCGACGUGUGGAGAACGUCUCCAGCAGACAACGCGUUGACUCGCUCUGACUCUCUGGCCUCCUUCACCGUCGACCUCGGACCUUCUCUAAUGACUGAGGUGUUGGCUUUGAUUGACAACCCCAGCUCUCUGCAGGUAUCCAAUCACAGCCAAGCAGCAGGCGAGAAAGAGGAGGAAGAGGAUAAAGCUGACACCAGCUCUCUGACAGAGACACCGGUUCAGACCCCGACAGCGAGUUCCCCCAACCCGUCCCAGUGCAGCGUGUCUUUUAGCUCCAAAGUGAACGGGAGAGUUAUCUCUACCUGGAAGGAGCGUAAGGAGGACCGGGGGUCUGUGAGGACGCCUGAUGUCACUUCCUGUUCUUCUCACAAGGAGGAAUCGGCCAUCGAGGCAGAGAGGUUCCAGAGGGCGGCGGAUGUCCUCGCCAGACAUUACGGUGGAGGAUCCUUCACCAGAGGAACGAGGACGAGCCAAAAAACAGCACAUGGUUUAUCUGAGGAGGAGGAAGAGAUCAAAGUUUAGACAUUAAGAAUAAUAACUGUCUAGAAAUCUGGAUGUCUCUUCACUUUAACAUUCUUUAUUAGUCUUUAACUUUUGCCCAUCUGGUUUCUUUCACUGUAGUUGUGAUAUAUCAGCUAACACUAUGAAAGUACAACGGUCAGAAAACACUUUUGAUUUGAAGUGUUUGCAAGUGGUUGGAAAAACUUGUAUGAGAUCAAUAUGUUUAUGUUCAUACUGAUAUGUACAUUUUAUAAAUAACUUUUGUACAUUUAUCCAGUGAUAACUUCUUGUAAAAUGUAUAUUUAGGAAAUUUGGACAUUCUACUCUUCCAUGAUUUAAUUCACACAUUUAACAAUUAAUUUGUAAACAGAGUUGUUGUUUAUUGUAAUAUUUUAUUGGUUUACCAUUGAAUAAAUUAAAAAGUAUUUCUCUACUCAGCUUGAAAUCACUGAUAUUAGGUCAGCUUUGUUGAGAUGAAGUAGCUUAAGUAAAGAAGGCUCACAGGAUACAGGACAAUACACGUCCCAUACAUAUCUGUUUGUAUAGUAAGAUAUGAUAUACACAAGAAAUAUAUAUACAGUACAG